AUGACUUCCAAAGAAGAGCCCAAGCCCUCCUCGGGGGAAGAGCGGCGGCGGAGCCCCUUGGAUCACCUCCCCCCGCCGGCCAACUCCAACAAGCCCCUCACGCCCUUCAGCAUCGAGGAUAUCCUCAACAAGCCCUCGGUGCGGAGGAGUUACAGCCUGUGCGGGACGGCCCACCUCCUCUCGGCGCCGGAGAAACAUCCCCCCGCCGGGCUGCCCCUCUCGGGCCGGGCGCUGCUCUCGCAGACCUCGCCGCUCUGCGCCCUCGAGGAGCUGGCGAGCAAGACCUUCAAGGGGCUCGAAGUGAGCGUGCUGCAGGCGGCCGAAGGCAGAGACGGCAUGACGAUCUUCGGGCAGCGGCAGACGCCCAAGAAGCGUCGGAAGUCGCGGACGGCCUUCACGAACCACCAGAUCUACGAGCUGGAGAAGCGCUUCCUGUACCAGAAGUACCUGUCGCCGGCGGACCGGGACCAGAUCGCGCAGCAGUUGGGGCUCACCAACGCGCAGGUCAUCACCUGGUUCCAGAACCGCCGCGCCAAGCUCAAGCGCGACCUGGAGGAGAUGAAGGCCGACGUGGAGUCGGCCAAGAAGCUGGGCCCCAACCCCGCCGUGGACAUCGUGGCGCUGGCCGAGCUGGAGCCCAGCGGCGAGGGCCGGGCCAAGGCGAGGCCCGGUUCCCCGCCGCCNNNCAGCGAGGACGAGGAGGACGAGGACGAGGAGGACGUGGAGAUCGACGUGGAUGACUGA